AUGAAAUCGAUCAGACACCCAAAGACCCUAGUGCGCGAAGAUCGCGAAGAUCAUUACCAAUGUGACCAUUGCCAGAAGAAAUUUGGACGCAAAUCAAGCUUAAUCUUGCACCUGAAGGUUCACGAAGCUGCAAACAAAAGUCCCAAAGACUACGCAAUCGACAAAGGCGAGCAGAAAUUAGGUGAUUUGAAAAAUUCGAUCAUGGAUUUAGCAUGCGAUAGGAACGAAGAAAAAUUCGGGGAUCAAAAAAAUGUUGUUGGACACCAAUUAAUAGUAGACAAUGGCUGCAAAGAUUACACAUGCGACAAGUGCCAGCAGACAUUUAGCAUUCAAAGCGGUUUGAUACGACAUCGAGAAACAGUCCACAAAUGCCGCAAAGAUGAAUCAACCAACGAGAGCAAAAGGAAAUCUAAGCCUACAUCGAAUUCGAUUGGAAGAAGAAAAAAAUCCAAGAAAAAUCGCAAAGACAAUCUUACCGAUAGAUGCUAUAAUUGUUUAGUUUGUCGAUACCAACGAUCGUUGUCAAAAAAAAAAAACUGGAGCCAAGUCAAAAAAAAGCUCGUGACUCGCAACGAGUGA